AUGCGAUUCAUCAACGCUCUUUUCGCUGCAACUAUUAUUGCAGUCGCGCAUGCGGAAGAACCUGUUCCCGCUCCUGGGCUGGAUCCUGAAAAUCCAGAUGGGGCUUCUACACGCUUAGGACAACUCUUAGUCUGCGAAGACCCUGACUGGAAAAAGUGCACGAACAUCACUUAUUUGCAAGACAAAUGCUUUGGACUCGACGAAUUUGAUCUUAACGAUAAAAUGACCGGUUUCGAUACUUUCUCGUACGGAUGCGAGUUUUACGGUCUUGGCACGUGCGAAACCGAUGAUUUCUAUUUCGUUUGGCGAGGUGCUGUCACCGAUCUUUUGUCGACCAAUUAUUCUUUGUCUAACGACCAAAUUUCUGCAUUCCGUUGCGGAACGUAA